GAUCCUCACCCCCAUCAACCCAGGUCCUCCCGCGCACCAAAUAUCGCUCAGCUUUCGCAUUCGACCAACAUCCCCAACUCCAACAUCAGCUUGACUCGCCAACAUGUCCAGCUCAGCAGCUGCCAAGCGCAUCGUCGUCUUUCUCUCCACUGGCAAGCAAGGCACCGGAGUAGUCAAAGCUCUCAGCGCGCUCAACUCGGCCAGCACAGAUCCAGCGUUCAAAGUGCUAGCAGUGACGCGCAGCGCUUCAUCCAGCAAAGCCAAAGCUUUUGCAAAGCUCCCUGGUGUCGAGAUUCUCGAGAGCGAAUAUGAUGCUGCCAAGGUAUUCGAAAAGGCGCUCAAAGGUGGACCCGUGUAUGGUGUCUUUUCCGUACAGCAAAGCUUCGACAAUCCCAACGGAGGGGUCAAGGGAGAGACCGAGCAGGGCAUCCAAGUGGCAGAUGAGGCAGCCAAGGCUGGCGUGCAGCACCUGAUCUACAGCUCUGUCGACUUCGGUGGAUUGGCAAAGACCGACAUUCCCCACUUUGAAUCCAAGAGGCUGGUAGAGCAGCACAUCGAAAAGCUGCAAAAGGCGAGCCCGAGCUUGAAGACGACGAUUUUGAGACCGACGUUCUUUAUGGACAAUAUCUCUCAAGAUGGAGGAUUUUUGGGCAAAGCUGUUCUCACUGCUAGCAUCAACACUGUCAAGAAACCUCUUCAGAUGAUCGCAUGUUCCGACAUUGGCUUCUUUGCAGCUCUGGCGUUCCAGCAGCCGGAAAAGUACGCUGGCAAGUCCCUCUCGCUGGCCGGCGACGAGCUCGACAUGACGCAGCUGCGCAAGCAAUUCGCAGAGGUUCAAGAGUAUCAGAUUCCUCAGACGUUCAGCCUCAUCGGGUGGCUCUUGGCCAAUGGUCUCAAAGAGCUCAAAACCAUGUUCGCUUUCUUCAACAACACCGGCUACUCCGUCAAUAUUGCGGAACUGCGCGCCCUCAAUCCCAACCUUAAGACGUGGCGAGACUACGUAAAGACCGAGUACUGAACGAGUUGCCGCAUCAGCUUG